AUUUUCAAUGUAUACUCGUCAACAACAACAACAACAACAACAACAACAACAACAACAACAACAACAACAACAACAACAACAACAACAACAACAACAACAACAACAACAACAACAACAACAACAACAACAACAACAACAACAACAACAACAACAACAACAACAACAACAACAACAACAACAACAACAACAAGCUCCAGCACAUCCUACAGCUUCUAUGAGCCUUGUUAACUCUAGUUAUGCAAGAGCUGUUGUUGCCGCUGGGCCUUCAGUCCCUAGAGAUGAAUCUGCCGGGUCUUUUACCUUCCAUGGACGACCUGCUCAACCACAGCAACAACAACAACCACAGUAGCAACAACAACAUCAAAUGGCAGA